AUGAACUUCAGCAAGGGGAUACUGGAGUCCCGCAGACUGCACUACAAGCAUUUGACCAAGCUUCUGCGGCCGAUACCCUUGGACACGCCAACUGAAAUUGAGUUGACACCAUUAUUGUCGAUCAGAGUCACCCUCCUCGACGCGAACCACUGCGCUGGUGCAGUGAUGUUCCUGAUCGAAGGUGACGGCAAGGCAGUGCUCUACACCGGUGAUAUUCGCGCCGAGCGUUGGUGGGUCGACAGCCUUGUCCGGCAUCCGGUCCUCAUCCCGUACACCCUAGGGAGCAAGAAGCUGGACAGGAUAUAUCUCGACACCACGUUUGCUCGCAUUAAUCAUGUUUGUCGGAGCUUUCCGUCGAAAGCCGAGGGGCUGAGAGAGCUUCUACAGAAGGUCGAAGCGUACCCAAAGGAGACCGUCUUCUACUUUCGAGCAUGGACGUUUGGCUACGAAGACGUCUGGAUAGCGCUUUCCGCUCUUCUGAACACCAAGGUCCAUGUUGAUCGAUACCAGAUCGGCCUAUAUAGGUCACUUAUUUCGAACUCGCGAAGAGCUAUCAGCGAGGCACCUGCUCUUUGCGGUUUCGAGCUUGGAAACCGAUUUGUGCCCGGUUGCUUGACCGAAGACGAAAGCUCUCGUGUUCAUAGCUGCGAGCCUGGAGUACACUGCUCUGCGGUCCGCUCAAAGCGGACUGUCUACAUCAUGCCUAUUGUCGGACGAAUGGAGGACGGCACAAGAGUCCCUGAGAUCGGAGCAGGAGGAGGUGGUGGCGAUCUUUAUCAGAUCCACGAGCUUGAACUUCCGGAUCAGUCGUCGCUGGAGCAACUGGAGAGCCUGUGUCUGGAGCAGAUCGGCGACACUGAAACGCUCUCACAGACGAGAAAGGUCUUGACCGAAGCUUUCAAGUCAAAGAACAAAGCGCUUUCUCUGGACAGUUAUGGCAUGAAGGAUGUUUCCGACAUACCACUGCAGGAGCUUGUGCACAUCCUUGGUCGUGGUCGAUCCGAUAAGGAGAUGUGGUCGGACGAUGUGAAAGUAUCAGCGCUACGAGACACGUCAGGGAAUCGUCUGCCGAAGACUAUAUAUUUUCCAUACUCGCGCCAUUCCUCCUACGAAGAAUUAUGCGAACUGGUUUCCGCGUUCAAACCCAGGGACGUCUACCCCUGCACCGUCGAUGCCCUGGAAUGGGACGAAGAUGUGUCCAUGCGCAGUUUGUUCGGUCAUCUGUGUUCUGGACACGAAUUUGUCCACGACCAGUACAUGCGCGACACGAUCGCCAACGACGAGGAAUUGCAGUCUAGGAAAAGAGCCCGCUACGAGGAUGACUCAACCCAGUCAACACAGCAAUCCAUCAGCAUGGACACUAGCAUCGACUGCAGUCCUACUGUCAUGCCUAAUGCCGGCGAGUCUGAACUCCAGGCACGCCGUCGCCCAACGACUACCCUCUCCUCCCUUGAAACCGCCCCUGACGCCACCAUAAACCUCAAAUCGAAGAAAGCCUCACCCCAACCCCUCCCAAUCCCCAAAUCCACCCCGGAAGCAGCAAAAGCGAAACGCAACGAGAUCCGUCGCGCCUGGCACUUCCUUCAUGCAGAGGGAUCCCACCACCCGGAGAUAGACCUGGGCGCCCUCCCAUCCUCCUGGCCCACACCGGAAGAAGAUGGAUUCCACCUACCGCAUAGGGAAAGCUCUGAAACGGGGGAUGAAACACGCACACGGACGCAGGACAAUAUGCAGUUCGUUCACGACCACGACAACAGUGACGAUGAUGAUAACGAGGAUGAUAUGCCCAACAGCCAAGCAACAAACACCCUCUCGAUCUCCUCGUCCGCAUUCGCCUCGCAGGAUCAAACGCUCGGCCCUCUCCAGCAGGAUGGCCCCGGCGACGUCGACGUCGAUAUACCGCCCUCCUCGGAGGGAGCGCCGGGACGAUCGCGGACGUUGAACAGAUCCAGCUCGUCUCGUGCGCGGCGCGCGGCAUAUCUCGCUGCGCGGGCGGAUAGCUACGACGCGUGGGCUUGUAUGGGGCUUGUUUCGGCGGGGGAUAAUCACAGCAUGGAGGAGACUGAACUGUAG